AUGUGGUUAUAUUUUGUGCUCGUUGCAGCCUUACUACUCGCGACCCGGCAUAUUGCGCACCGGAUCAAAAGAUGGAAGACCAAUUGCUACUAUGCUUCAAAGUACGGUACCAAAGACCCUAUCAUACUAGCCGACUUUCUCUCUCCAGAGGGAGGGAAUUAUGACAAGGAAACCAUGCGAGCAUUCAAGGAGCAUCGAGGUCUAGAACUCAUUCAGAAGAGACACAUUGCUGGAGGCUACACUUUUCAGACGCACACCAUAGGUGGCCGGAUCAUCAAUACUUCAGAGCCCGAGAACAUCAAGACCCUUCAGGCCACUCGAUUUGAGGAUUAUUCUCUUGGCUUCAGACAAGUGGCUCUGGGCCCAUUGAUGGGCAAGGGCGUCUUCACCACUGAUGGCAAGGAUUGGGAGCAUUCUCGCGCGUUGGUUCGACCGAACAUGGGCAAGGCAUUGUAUACCGAUUUUUCCAACUUGGAACGACAUGUUCAGGAAAUGAUCUCGCAUAUGCCGAAAGACGGAAGUACUAUUGACAUUCAAGACAUGUUCUUCAAGCUAGCAUUUGACGCGUCUUCCGAAUUCCUGUUUGGGGAGUCAGUUCGCGCCUUUGAAGCCGCCGAAGAUUCUGAAGAGGCCAAGUUCGGUGCCGCUUUUGAUUAUGCCAGCGCAGAAACCGUCCGUCGACUACACUAUGGCCCAUAUCUGUUCUUGUACUGCAACCGGGACUUCACAAAGGCUUGCAAGACCGUUCAUAAUUUUGUUGACAAGGUGAUUGCCAAGGCGGCUGCUCGUCAUGCACAGGGAAAGCCUAAUCAGUACAUCUUCCUGGACAGCUUGAUGGAAUCCGUUUCAGACCCUCAGCGCCUGCGCUCGGAAACACUUAAUGUCAUGCAAGCCGGUCGCGAUACGACCGCCAGCCUACUUGCCACUGUGUUCUAUUUACUUGCUCGUCACAAAGAUGUUUGGACGAAGCUGGAUGCCGAGAUUGGAGAAUUGAAUGGAAAUCCGCCAACCUAUGAGGAGCUGAAGAAACUUACCUAUCUGCGCUACGUCAUGAACGAGACUCUCCGUGUACAUCCAGUCGCCCCCAUCAACAGCCGCGUUGCAGUGCGUGACACAAUUCUUCCAGUUGGAGGUGGACCCGAUCAUAAAUCCCCCAUUUUCAUCCCUAGGGGGCAGAAAAUCUCAUUCCCCACAUACGUACUCCACCGCCGAUCGGACAUCUACGGCCCCGACGCUCAUGAAUUUCGACCCGAGCGAUGGGGCGAGCCCACCUUCCGCCCCGGGUGGGCAUAUAUCCCAUUCAAUGGAGGGCCGCGUAUCUGUCUGGGACAACAGUAUGCCUUGACGGAAGCGGGAUAUACGAUUGUGCGUCUGGUGCAAACCUUCAAGGCAGUGGAGCAACGUGACUUCACGCGGUACAAGGAGUCGGUUCGCGUUUCAGCCAGCAUUUUUGGGGGUGUGCAGAUCGGGCUGAUUCCACGGGAGUAG